ACCAAAAAAAAGUUCGUCGCUAAAUUUGCCGUCGAUUCUCGAUGCGACUAUGUUUUAUGCCGAACUAGUUUCUUCAGAGCGUAAUAGGAUCUUGGUCACGAGGGGUGGCACGGUUCGACACGUGAUCGGUCUACACCAAUGAGGUAGCUGCUUUUUGUCAACAGAAUGGCAAGAUGGCGGCUCCCGUGGUUGGAUUCAACGUUACCGAUAAAGAGGAAAACACCCUUAAAAGUGGGCUAAAUCGAUUCUAAAUAGUGCUGUAUACAUAGCCGCGUCCAAUAAGAACAAUGAGGCAACAGAAUGGCAAGAUGGCGUCCUCGAGCAGUACGGAAGACGAAGAAAAUACACCGGAAUAUAUUAAUAAAUCAAAAAACAAACAUUGUUUUAUGCAUAUUACUUCAGUCAAGCACGAGGAGGUACAUUAUUUCACCACUACACGAUGGAAUACAUACAGGACAAGCCUACAAACGUGGCUCGGGUUGGACGGUGAGUCUCGGGACGUGGCUGAGAACUUCAAACACUGUGUUGAUGUGGAGUUUGACAAUAUUCCCGAGGAUGCUGGCUUCCAUCACACGUGCUACCGUAGAUUUACGGACAAAAAAUCCAUGGCAAAGGUGGAAAGAAGGAGAAGUUCGUCAACCGAGCAGGCAAACGACAAAGGGAUACUCUGUCAAAGGCUGAAACAUUAACAGCAGGCCAAUUGCAGAAAGCUGCCGAGUUGAAGGAGGACCAAAGUAUUUUUUUGCAUAUAAAAGACAGACUGUGUGGCUCUGGAGGUGCAGAACCACAAAGGCUGUUAUAAUCAGUAGGCUACACCAGGUUUUUGAUGAGGCCUGAAAAACCAGAGAAAGAACAGAUUGAGCCCACGUUUGAUGUCAGCUAUAAGAUAUUCUGUGAAAGGAUCAUUCGCCAAAGGCUGCUUGUCAACCAAGAGGUGCUGAGAAUGGGCCAGCUGAGGAAGGCCUUCGUUGAACUGGUGAAAGCAAAUGAAGGUCUUGAUGCUUCAAACUACAGACAGGAUAUGUUGAAGAAGAGGCUGGCUCGUGAUUUCCCCCAGCUGGUGUUUCACAUCCCCACCAAGCGCAACAUCUGCGAGCUGGUUUUUGCAGAGACCCUGUCAACCAUUGACAUUACCAAGGUGUCAUCAGCUCUCGGAACCAGUGUGUGUUCAGCCUUGAUCGGAAUUCACACAUUCUCUGGGUGUGACUCCACAAGUGCCUUUUAUGGCAAAGGGGAAAAAAAGACAUUUUCUGUUGCAUGUGAGAAAGGUGAGUACCUAAAGGCUUUUAAAAGUUUAGGUACUCACUUUAACUUGGAGCAGUCAACAUUUGCACUUCUUUGCCAGUAUGUGUGCCACUUAUAUGAUCAGCCAGCUGCCGAUAAUGUAAAUGAAGCUAGGUACAAGGCUUUCUGUAUGGCAUCAUCAGCCUUGCCAGAAAUAUGCAUUCCCCCAACUACUGAUGCCCUCCAACAGCACUGCAAAAGGGCAAACUACCAGGCUGCAAUAAUGAGGUCCUGUCGCAAACAAAAAAGAAGUGCUCCAUCACCUGCUGGAUAUGGUUGGCAAAUAGAGGAUGGGACCUUGCACAUCACCUGGAUGACCAGAAAUCCGGCCCCUGACAGUGUUUUGCAUGUCAUACACUGCGGCUGCAAAGGUGCCUGUGAGACAGGAAGAUGUUCCUGUUUUUCUGCAGGAUUGUGUUGCACAGACUUAUGUCGUUGCUGUAAUUGUGCCAACACCAAAGACACCGAGCAACUGGAAGACAACUGCCCUGACACUGACAGUGAGGACUGAGCGUCCUUAAUAUGUUAUUUCUUUUGUAGUUUUGUACAGUUUUAUAUAUGUCAUAUUUUUCAUAAAGAUUGUUUCUUUUGUU